AUGCAGGAGCUGUAUGAAACCGUCAGUAGAUACGCGGGGCGUGGCGCACUUUCCCACACCCCCGGCAGGCUGCCUCCCCGCAAGGCGGCGGAGCAGUUUCUCGGCUCCCUGGUUUUCCAGGGCCGCCUGAACUCCCUCUGCGCCGCCUUGGUGGCUCGCUUUAUGGUUUCGAAGGAGACGCUUGUGGUCGUCUCCCGCGACGCCGUUCAACACAUUUCCUGCGACGGUUACUCGCUGCAGCCGCGACGCUCCGCGCUGGGCCCCACGUCGGGGGAAAUCACAGGCGUGGUUACGGCGGACGGGUCCGUGACGGUUGGAUACAGCGCCGGUGUGAGUCGGUACUCCCCAAGACUUGUACUCGAGGCGGAGAUUAUCUUUGACGCGUACACGAACAGCAUUCUUAGCAUCGCGGUUCCCCCCGAUGGGUCGUGCAUCGCCACGGGCGGCGGCAACGCGACGGUCACGGUUUGGACGCGUGAGAUGAAUGCCAUGCACUACCUCGCCGGCCACACAGACUGGGUCCGCUUUGUGAAGUUCACCAAGGGAGGUGGGCAGCGGCUGCAGCUGGUCAGCACCGGCGACGAUGGGCUCAUUCUGCACUGGGACCCGCUGGCCGGGGUGAUGCUGUCACGGCUGGACUAUUCACACGGCGAGAGUGUUCGCGCCUUUGAGGUUUCCUGGCGAACAGGUUUUAUAGCGAUUGCCUGCGACAACCCAACCAUUUCGUUGUAUAGGCCGCGCGAGAGCGGAGCGACGCUGCCGUGCCGCCCGGAGAUGCAUCGCCUCGAGCACAUUGGACAAAUCACUGACGCCCACCGACUGGUGCCCACGGCGGUCCGGUUUUCGGAAGACUCACAGUGGGUGAUUAGCGCCGGCGAGGACGAGACACUCGCCGUCUCCUCCGUGGCGGAGCUGAAGACGACUUUUGUGUGCAGCGAGUUUGUCACGCGACGGCACUGUAUGGCGUUCAUGAACACCUUCACCUCCCUCUGCAUCCUCGCCUCGCCGCCCGAGUCCUCGGUCAUUGUUGUGGCCGCCUGCGCCACGGACGGGACGGUGGUUCAGUGGGUUGUCAACCCCACCACCGCGCGGUCGAGCUACACGAAGAAGCUGCAGCUGCACCUUGGGGCGCUUGUGGCGAUGGAUUUUAUGCGUGACGGUGCCGCCUCGUAA